CGCGGGACAGCUUUAAGUUUGAUCGCGCGGUUCUCGACAUCUUCAUUGCUAAAUCAAUCGCGCUCACACAGCUUGAGCUUCGAGCGCUGCGACAUUGAUCUAUAUCUACGCUUCUAAUCCGCCUGAUAAACACAUCCUAGGUCAACACCCCUCGUAUACGCGGCCAGACCCAAAAGAAGAAUGCGCUGAGGCGCUCUCCUCCGACCAUGUCUGAACUGCGCGCACUCGAGGCACUCCAGGCUUUGCACGGCGAGCUGGUUGCUGUGCGCCAACAUCGAUACGAGGGCCUGCAAGUCUUGGAACAACUGCUCGACACGCAAAGCGAUGCAUUCGAGAAACUGAUCGACAAGCCCCCGCGCAACUCGGCGAACAGGGCAGCCUUGGGGACAGGGAAGAUCAAAGUAGGCGAAGACGAGUACGCGGUGAACGAAGAUUUUGUCAAUGACUGCCUCAAGGUCGCAGACGAUCUGGAUCUUGACGAACUUGAGUCGGCGAGGAUACUACUGGACUGCGAUACCGAAGGCGAUCCCGACACUCAGAGUCGACCCUUGUGGGAAUGCGCUGUCAUACGGUUCCACCAGGAACGCCGGUUCCUGCUUGAUUGCAUGCGCCUCUGCCUCGAGAUAGCCGCCGACGAGGAGCUGGAACCGAGCCUGCAGGACGCCUUCGGGGCGAUUGCCGAGGAGAAGGUCUUCUGUGUCCUCCCACCAGGGUCGCGACCCGGAGGCGUUGCCAAGAAGGUCAUUCCGAGGUGCAUGGAAGCCAUGCAGAGCAUCAGGUCCAUGCUGCAGGGCCUGAUGGACAAGGCCGCCGCCCGGAACGUUUUGCAGCAGGCGAGCCUCGUGAGGGCUCCGGAAAACCAAGAGACAUUCGACUUCUCGCGGUCGAGCCUCGUGGAGCAGCAUGAGUGCCUUGCAGCAAUCCUACACGCCGCCGUCGAGAAACGCCAUGCCACGGACAAGGACUUCCAAGACUUCCUCAAGCUUCUUCAAAAAGCUGACAAGUACGACCACUUUCUCGUGCAUUUGUUCCCUGUCCUUGCUGCGUACAUAACCGUUUUCGGCUCGACAGAAGGAAUGGGCGAUCUCCAGCUAUCGCGCCAGCUCAACCAACUCAUCUGCAAGCAAGGCGAUGAGCCCUGGACCCUCCCAUUCCUUGGCGCCGCCGUCCGUGCUUGGUGGAUCGCCGAGUACAGCGGCUGGUACCUGGAUGACACGACUUACGACCUCCAGGGCAUCAACCUGGACGAGGAGGACGAGGAGCGGAACAAGCAGUUCAUGGAGGCGCUAAAGGAGGGGGCGUUUGACUUCAUAUUGUCCGUCGCCGCCGACUGCAGGGCCCAGGAGUGGCAGGACCCAUCACGCCUGGGAAUGCGCCAGUGGUUGCAACGAAAGUCGCCUCCCUUGGCCUCGGACCCUUUUCCUUUCAGCCAUUUUCUCCAGCAGAGCGUGAUGGUGCACCUAGAGGGCUUCGUGGAUGCCGCAAUAUCCAACCUUCCGGACAUGCUCCGCAAACUGAGGGCCGAAGAGGACGAACAACGGCAACUCAGCCAGAACCACGAGCAGGACCUCGAUCUUGAGCGCUUCCUGAUCAUCAUCUCCUAUGCCUAUGAAGGACGGCCGGAUGCUGCCAUGUCGUUCUGGGAAGAUCCGGACAGCAAUCUGGCCGGUUUCCUGCAGUGGGCGUCACGAAGGGCAUCCACUCCGCUCGUCAGCGCAUUUUGCGAGAUGCUGCAGUGCCUCUCUGACAGCGAGGAAUGUGCCACGGCUGCCCACCCUUUCCUGCUCGAUGAGGGUCAUCACUCAUCCGGAAAGAUGAAACGCUCACAGUCUCUGACAUGGUCCCAGAUCUUCAAGGAGCUCGAAUACUUCACAACCAAGAUCCGGGAGAGGCAGACCCCGAACCAGGCGCAGCACAUGUACCGACCCGGCAAACUCGGCUCUGACCUGGCCGAGACGGAGCCCGAGUCGGCAUUGAUGCUGGAGUGCUACAUGCGCUUGAUAGCCAAGCUGGUGACAGAGAGCGAGGUCGCCAGGCAGAGGAUGAUUAUGGACGAGGACCUCAAGCUGGUUGACACCAUAUUUAAACUCUCGGAUGGGCCGCUGCCCUCUCGCCUUCGUGCUGGCGUUUUCUACGUCCUCAAAGCCUUGAUGACGCGCAAGCAAGCUCCCGAGAAUGAAAUACUGUGGCGGUAUGUCGAUGGGUGGGCGACCAACACCCUUAACAACCCCGGAGCCCAGCAAAGAAAUCCUUACCUUGGCCAGCCUUUGAGCCCUCAGGGAUUCAUGGAAGAAACCUUAAACGACCUCAGCAAUGGCUUCGAGGAGUCACACGCCUUCAUCCAGCUGCUCACCGCCCUCUUCGCGCCGCUCGACGGCCCCGAAGGGCUGAACGACACGCUCACCUUCCCAGAAGACCUGGGCAGUAGUGUACGAGCUCCCGGGAUGGAGCCUUACGUCGACUUUGUCUUCCGGCUCCUGUCUCAGAAGGCUCAGGACCUUGCCGACCCUGCGCAGCUCAGAGCAUUGCGCCUCAGUUGUCUGGACUUCGCCAUGACUUGUCUGUCGACAUUCAACGAGGACCUGAUCAUCCUGGGCAAUGAGAGCAACAUUGCCAUUGAUGUCGCAAUGCCGACGACAGACUUGGCCACGUAUGUGCGGCUCCACCCGUUCGCCCGUGUCAUGGAGUGGUUGUUCAACGAAAAAGUUAUCACCGCACUUAUCCGCACUAUCCACCAAGAUCCCAUCAGUUUGGGUAGCGCUUCCCCGGAUUCGCCUCUGGUGCUCAGCAUCUUGCGGGGAAUCCAAGUCAUGAUCAAGGCUCUCGAUCUGCAAGAAACUUAUUUACACCUUGUUCGACCACUUAUCCAGUUGGAACCUGGACGUCGGCGAACUGCUGUGGCAAACGCUGCCUACUCCUCCUUCGAGGACGGCAUCAUAAGCCACCUCGGCCUUGUUGUUGACCUGGGCAAGUACUGCAACCUCGGCCAUGGCGACCUGACGCUGGCUUGCCUGAAGUUGCUUGAAAAGAUCUCCACGUCUCCCAAGAUCAUCUCGGCGUGGAACCCAGAUGCCGGUCGACUGGGCCAACGGAACAAAGCCAUCGUCCAGCUUGAGAGGGAUGGCGAGGGCCAAAGCAUUGCCGCUUCGCUCGCUGCUCAAAUUUCGGCCAGCUUGGAUCCAGUGUUAGAGGCCGAGUCGGAGCGCUAUGUGGUCAAGCUAUUCAUACUCGAUUUCCUUUACGAGUGCCUCAAGGCGACACCGGAUCAACCGACCAUUGCACAUCUGCUGCUUGGCUUCCACUGCGAGCAUAACAAGCUCACCAUCGAGCCGAGAGGGGCAUUCGACACGCAACGAUCUCUUUUCCACAGUCUCCUCAACGUCAUUAUCGGAAUCUCUGUGUACGAAGAGGAGCAUGGCAUGCGCGGCUAUCUGAUCACCUUGAAAUAUCGGAUCCUGCGCAUCCUGCAGGCUCUCUGGAAGUCGCCGUUGUCUGCAACCCUGGUCAUGGAUGAGCUGAGGGCGACAAACUUCCUCUUCCACAUGUUGCUCAAGGAGGUCCAGAUCCAGCCAGAUCUGCGGUGGGACGAUCUUGAGGCGAGCAACCCCGAGUUCCUCCUUUCUGAUGCCUCUGUGGCAUACAUUGAUUACCUCGGCGCUCGGGCGAUGGUUUUCGAGUACAUCGGCAAGGAACUCUGCAGCGUCUCGCAAAACAGGAUACCGUCUAUCAAGCGCCAGAUUUUCGAUGCGUUGAAUGGGCAGAUCAAAAUGGAUGACGGCGAACCGUUGAGCCUCGCUAAUAUCUUUGAUCUGUUCGACUUCUUGAACCCAGAUGCUACUUGGAGCGUCCCUCCGCCCCAAUUUGUCUUCUACAAAGACCUCGAUCUCAAGCCGUCGGCCGUUGAACACUCAGAGGCUGGGUUGCAGUACAACAUUCACAAAGUGCGGGAGACCAUCGCGUUGAAGCGAAAUGAGUUCAGGGACACGCUUCAGGUGGCGCCGCAACAGCACCUGGACGCUAUUGAGUCUGAAGAGACGCUGCUGGUGGAGUACUUGACCUUCACCAACCGCCAGAACCUGUUCACCGCCUCGAGGCUCACCCUGCUCAGAGCAUGGGUCAACCUGCUCCUGGUCAUGUUCGAGGCCAACGAUUUCAAGGGAACGCCCAAGAUGGCAUUCCUGCUGCAAGCACUGCAAGCCAUCCUCCCGGUCUUGGAGGCCUACAGCACCUUGAGCCCGGCCGAGGCGUUUGAGCUUGCAAGAGUUGCGAAGGUGCUCCUCUUCAAGCUCGACAUUUCAGACGCCGACGACGGCACGGCAUCCGUCCUGGACAAGGAGAAGUUUACCGUCGGUAACCUCGUCAGCGACAAGCUCUUCCAGCUUUUCCAACUCUGCCUCAGGUCCAUUGGCAGGUGGGCCGGUAGCGCCGAGCUCCGCGCACUAUAUUACGGCAUCUGCUACCGCUACCUCACGGCCGUCGUCGACAAACACACGGCAUCCGCCGCCGCUCACAAGCGCAGCACCCGCAGCCUCGCGACGGCCCGCACAAAGACGCUCAAGGCGAUCCAAGUCGACGGCAACCGCCUCCUCAACGUAAUCUGCGACGACGCCUACGGCAGCGACACAGCGUGCCAAACCGCCGCGACCAUCCUCCUCUCCGCCCUCGUCCACACCUCCCGCCGCUCUCCCUGCCCGCCCUCCGACGACGACACCCAACUCAUCGACUCCCUCAACCGCCUCAACUUCAUCGGCGUGCUCGUCGACUCGCUGAAAACCAUCCUCGCCGACUGGCUCGCCGUCAUCUCUCCCACCACCUCCUCUGACACGACCACCCCCGCCUACCAGCAGGUUGCCGAAGCCGAGCAAUACAUCAACGCCAAACUGGCUUUGCUCUUACAAAUCGCCCAGACACGCCACGGCGCAAAGUACGUGCUCCAGGCGAAUCUGUUCCGCGCGCUCGAGCUGUCGGGCGUCUUCGAUGCCGACCCGGAGCUGCUCCUGGUCAACAACAAUCACGAUACGCAAGGUUCCAUCAAUAACACGCGCGCGCUUGAGCGGCAUUAUGCCCUGCUCGUGGCGCUGGCGAGGAUUGUCGGGGCAGCGGUACUGGCGAGGGGGGCGCAUAAUGUCGUGCAAGGCCGGAGGUUCCUGACGCAGCAUCGCAUGCUGGUCGUGCACACACUCAAGAGGAGCGCGGGAAUUGGGAUGAUGGGUAAUGGCAAUGCCGCUAGGGUAAUGAUGGCACCGGGUGAGGGGUUGUUGGGUGUGGUUGGGGUAAAUGGUGGUGGUGCUCGUCGUGCGGGUGAUAAGGAGGUGCAGGCGGCACUGGAGGAGAGGAUUGAGGAGCUCGCCGAGGCGUUUAUGCUGCUGAUCACCGCGACGGGGUUCUUGGAGUUUGAGACGGGCCAAGUUCCUGCUGAGAAGCCGAGGGGAAGCACGACACUUUUCCAUUGAAGAGGCACUGAGGUGGACUAUCGAGGUACACUUCGUCAGGCCAUUGGCUAGUGUAAGGGAAGUGUAGGAAUUAUGGUGGGGCAAAAGGGAAGGGGACUGUCUGGUAUUAGAUGGUUAAUCACAUCCUCUCACAAUGUUGGGAUAGAGGAAAGUUGAGCACCUGUAUUCUUGUCUGUCUAGCGAUUGUCCGUUUUGGGGACGUGAAUGACCCAGAGGGGUGAAGUUCCUGUUUGAAGAAUUGGCAUGUUGAGUCUUCCCAAGCACCGCUGGUGAUUCUCAGUAAUCGGCCAUCGAGGAUUUGCAAGGAGGAGAAAUGGAUCCUACUUCGCGAUCGCUUGGACAACUCCACGAAAUCAUGGUGUAAAUAUUGGUGGAAACAAAACGACCUGCGUCACUAACCCAGUCCUUAUCCAUGGUCACCACCCAGUUCUAAUGCCAGAUCAUAUU